CAGGUCCCCUCGUGACCCGGGACCCUCACGCCGCUCGCCCGGGACCCCUGCGCGCUCGCAGAAUCCCGAGGCUCGGCCAACCGGGCUGACCGCCCUGGUGAGCGGCCCCGCCCCAGAGGAUCCCCUUCUUCCAACAGCCGGAGCCCCGCCCCAGAGGGACCCCCAGGUUCGGCAGGGACAUCCAGCCACGCCCCAGAGGGCUCCCAGCAUCUCACGCCUGGAGCCCGGCGCUCCAGAAGAUCCUCGGUGCCCAGCUGGGGGGCACCCCGCCCUGCUGAGGGGGCUCUGCCCAGGAGGGUCCCUCGUGUCCCGCGGGCUCCCGGCAGGAUGCACGCCGCCCUGGCGGGGCCGCUGCUCGCCGCCCUCCUCGCCACCGCCCGCGCCCGCCCGAACCCCCUGGACGGAGGACAGUGCCGGCCGCCCGGAUCGCAGAGGGACCUGAACUCCUUCUUGUGGACUAUCCGGCGCCAUCCCCCAGCCUACCUAUUUGGUACCAUCCAUGUUCCCUACACCCGUGUCUGGGACUUCAUCCCAGACAACUCCAAGGCAGCCUUCCAGGCCAGCGCCCGUGUCUACUUUGAGCUAGACUUGACGGACCCCUAUACCAUCUCAGCACUGGCCAGCUGCCAGCUGCUCCCUCAUGGGGAGAACCUGCAGGAUGUACUGCCACAUGAGCUCUACUGGCGCCUGAAGCGCCAUCUGGACUACGUGAAGCUGAUGAUGCCCUCGUGGAUGACGCCAGCACAGCGCGGCAAAGGGCUCUAUGCCGACUACCUAUUCAAUGCCAUUGCUGGCAACUGGGAGCGCAAGAGGCCUGUGUGGGUCAUGCUCAUGGUGAACUCUCUCACGGAGACUGAUGUGCGCUCCCGGGGUGUACCUGUGCUGGACCUCUACCUUGCCCAGCAGGCUGAGAAGAUGAAGAAGAGCACUGGAGCUGUGGAGCGGGUGGAGGAGCAGUGCCACCCCCUCAAUGGGCUCAACUUCUCCCAGGUGCUGUUUGCCCUGAACCAGACCCUGCUGCAGCAUGAGAGUGUGCGGGCUGGGAGCCUGCAGGCACCCUACACCACAGAAGACCUCAUCAAGCACUACAACUGCGGGGACCUCAACGCUGUCAUCUUCAACCAUGACACAUCCCAGCUGCCCAACUUCAUCAACACCACUCUCCCGCCACAUGAGCAGGUGACAGCCCAGGAGAUCGACAGCUACUUCCGCCAGGAGCUCAUCUACAAGAGAAACGAGCGCAUGGGGAGGCGGGUCAUGUCCCUGCUUCAGGAAAACCAAGACAAGAUCUGUUUCUUUGCCUUUGGAGCAGGUCACUUUCUGGGGAACAACACAGUCAUCGAUGUCCUACGGCAGGCAGGGCUAGAGGUGGACCACACCCCAGCUGGACAGGACAUCCACAGUCCUGCUGCUGGAAGCCCAGAGCCUCUUCCUGAGGAGACCUCGGCCAGUCUGGCCCCAGCAACUCCCGCUGCUGCAGUGUCUGCAGCACCCUCAGUGACACCCACCACCCCUCCUGAGGAGGAGGACCCAGUCCUGUCCCCGCACCUCCUGCUCCCCGACAGCCUCAGCCAACUGGAGGAGUUUGGACGUCAGAAGAAGUGGCACAAGAGACAGAACAAACGCCAGAGGCCACGACAGUUCAAAGACCUCUGGGUCCGCAUUGAGGACAGCACCACCAUCUCACCACCUCCACUGCCCAUCCAGCCUACCCCCAGCUCUGGGACUGCCAAGCCCCCAUUCCAGCUCUCGGAUCAACUCCAACAGCAGGAUCUCCGGGAGGCUGCCAGCAGCUCAGCGCCUGCCCUGGGCCUCCUCCCUGCCAUCGCUACCACCAUUGCCACUCCCUUCCUCCUACACACUCUUGGGCCCUCCUGACCUCUGCCAUCCCUGCAGAGAAAGCAGAGAACCCACACAAGAGGGUUCGUGGCCACGUCCAUUGCCCCCCACCACCUUGGGGGUGCCGACUCCUCGAGGCGGUCUACACAGGACUUUAGAACGCUAGAGCUUUACUGUACCUGAGUUACGUCUUCUCUUUUGUAGAAGGUCUUAAUUUCCCAUAGUGCUAUGGGGCUCUUUUGUAAAAUAUGUGUCCAUAUUAAAAGAGAAAAGUGUAUUUAUUCUACUGAUAAAA